GAAAACAUGACGUCGCCAGCAAAAUUCAAAAAGGAUAAGGAGAUCAUAGCUGAAUAUGACACUCAAGUGAAAGUGUCACAGGAGCAUAUUUCCACUGCUGCUGAUGGGGGACUGUGCUCCAGGGUCCCUGGGAAGCUGUUUGUGCUAGAAACUUCCAUUAUUCAGGAUUUUCCUCGGGAGAUCCGUGCCCAAUUGGUAGAGCAGCUGAAAUGCCUUGACCAGCAGUGUGAGCUUCGGGUCCAGUUACUGCAGGACUUGCAGGAUUUCUUCCGCAAGAAGGCAGAGAUUGAGAUGGAUUACUCCAGGAAUUUGGAGAAGUUGGCUGAGAGAUUCCUGGCUAAAACUAGGAGCACCAAAGACCAGCAAUUCAAGAAGGAUCAGAACGUGCUGUCACCAGUGAACUGCUGGAACCUGCUGCUCAACCAGGUGAAGAGGGAGAGCAGGGACCACACCACCCUCAGUGACAUUUAUCUCAACAACAUCAUCCCACGCUUUGUCCAGGUCAGCGAGGACUCAGGACGCCUCUUCAAGAAGAGCAAGGAAGUGGGACUGCAGCUCCAGGAGGACUUGAUGAAAGUUUUGAAUGAACUCUACACGGUGAUGAAAACCUACCACAUGUACAACGCCGACAGCAUCAGUGCCCAGAGCAAGCUGAAGGAGGCGGAGAAGCAGGAGGAGAAGCAGAUUGGGAAGUCAGUGAAGCAGGAGGACAAACAGACCCCACGUUCCCCCGACUCCACCUCCAACGUCAAGUUUGAGGAGAAGCACGUCCGGAGGAGCUCGGUCAAAAAAAUCGAGAAGAUGAAGGAGAAGCGCCAAGCAAAGUACACAGAGAACAGACUGAAGGCGAUUAAGGCAAGGAAUGAGUAUCUGCUGGCCCUGGAAGCCACCAAUGCCUCGGUGUUCAAGUACUACAUCCAUGACCUGUCUGAUCUCAUUGAUCAGUGCUGUGACCUGGGCUACCACGCCAGCCUGAACCGGGCGCUGAGGACGUUCCUGUCGGCCGAGCUGAACCUGGAGCAGUCCAAGCACGAGGGGCUGGAUGCCAUCGAGAACGCUGUGGAGAACCUGGAUGCCAACAGUGACAAGCAGAGGCUGAUGGAGAUGUACAACAACGUCUUCUGCCCCCCCAUGAAGUUUGAGUUCCAGCCACACAUGGGGGACAUGGAGUCUCAGCUCUGUGCCCAGCAGCCAGUCCAGAGUGAGUUGGUGCAGAGGUGUCAGCAGCUGCAGUCCCGCUUGUCCACGCUGAAGAUUGAAAAUGAAGAGGUUAAGAAGACGAUGGAGGCCACGCUGCAGACAAUCCAGGACAUUGUCACCAUCGAGGACUUCGAUGUCUCUGACUGCUUCCAGUACAGCAACUCCAUGGAGUCUGUGAAAUCCACGGUGUCGGAAACGUUCAUGAGCAAACCCAGCAUUGCCAAGAGAAGGGCAAACCAGCAGGAGACUGAGCAGUUCUACUUCACUAAAAUGAAGGAGUACCUGGAGGGCAGGAACCUGAUCACCAAGCUGCAGGCCAAGCAUGACCUCCUGCAGAAGACCCUGGGAGAAAGUCAGAGGACAGACUGCGCCCUGGCCAGUGGCCGGCGCAGCUCCACUGUGAGGAAGCAGGAUUCCUCGCAGGCCAUUCCCCUGGUGGUGGAGAGCUGCAUCCGAUUCAUCAGCAGGCACGGUUUGCAGCACGAGGGAAUAUUCAGAGUGUCUGGGUCGCAGGUUGAAGUAAAUGACAUCAAAAAUGCAUUUGAGAGAGGGGAAGAUCCCUUGGCUGGGGACCAGAACGACCACGACAUGGAUUCCAUAGCAGGAGUCCUCAAGCUCUACUUCCGAGGCUUGGAGCACCCCCUCUUCCCCAAGGACAUCUUCCAUGACCUGAUUGCCUGUGUCACCAUGGAUAAUUUGCAGGAGCGAGCGCUGCACGUCCGGAAGGUGCUGCUGAACCUGCCCAAAACCACCCUGAUUGUCAUGAGAUACCUCUUUGCAUUCCUCAACCAUUUGUCUCAGUUCAGUGAAGAAAACAUGAUGGAUCCCUACAACCUGGCCAUCUGCUUUGGGCCCACGCUGAUGUCUGUGCCCGAGGGGCACGACCAGGUCUCUUGCCAGGCUCACGUCAAUGAAUUGAUCAAAACCAUCAUCAUCCAGCAUGAGAACAUCUUCCCAGGGCCCAGGGAGCUGGAGGGCCCCGUCUACAGCAGAGGUGGAAACACAGAGGAUUACUGUGAAAGCCCUCACGGGGAGCGAGCCCUGACAGAGGAUUCAGUGCAGGAUGUCACAGCUGAACACCACACCAGUGAUGAUGAGUGUGAGCCCAUCGAGGCCAUAGCCAAGUUUGACUACCUGGGCAGGACUGCACGGGAGCUGUCCUUCAAGAAAGGAGCCUCUCUGCUGCUCUACCAGCGCGCCUCGGACGACUGGUGGGAGGGACGGCACAACGGCAUCGACGGCCUCAUCCCCCACCAGUACAUCGUGGUGCAGGACACUGAGGAUGGGAUGUCAGAAAGGUCCAGCCCGAAGUCGGAAAUAGAGAUCAACUCGGAGCCACCGGAGGAGAAGGUGACAGCCAGAGCUGGUGCCAGCUGCCCGAGCGGGGGCCACGUCGCAGAUAUUUACCUUGCAAACAUCAACAAGCAAAGAAAGAAACCAGAGUCAGGCAGCAUCAGAAGAGCGUUCCGCCAAAGUGACGGCCACGGCCUAGGUAGUUCCCUGGCAGAACCAGCCUCCCCCGGGGCCAUAGGCGCUUCCAGGCCCUCAUCUCAGCCCAUUAUGAGCCAAAGUCUUCCCAAGGAGGUUCCAGACAAAUGCUCCAUCAGUGGCCACGGCAGCCUCAAUUCCAUCAGCCGGCACUUGUCGCUCAAGAGCCGCGUGGACAGCCCGCAGCUCCGCAAGGCCGUCACUGCUGGCAGGUCCAAGAGCUUCAACAACCACCGGCCCAUGGACCCCGAGGUCAUCGCACAGGACAUCGAAGCCACCAUGAACUCGGCCCUGAACGAGCUGCGGGAGCUGGAGCGGCAGAGCAGCGCCAAGCACGCGCCCGACGUCGUCCUGGACACGCUGGAGCCCCUGAAGACGUCGCCGGUGGUGGCCCCCACCUCGGAGCCCUCCAGCCCCCUGCACACCCAGCUCCUCAAGGACUCGGAGCCGCCGUUCCAGCGCAGUGCCAGCACCGCUGGGGACAUCCCCUGCGCCUUCCGGCCCGUCAAGUCUGUCAAGGUGGCCACGCAGGUGAAGCCGCCGGCCACGCGGCCCAAGCCCGCCCUGUUCCCCAAAACCAGCGCCAGCAGCCCCGGCGUGGCCUCCUCCGCCCCUCAGCAGCCCCCCGACAAGUCCUGUACUGUCUGACCCGCCCCGGGUGCCACUGCUGCUGUUCCACAUGGACACGCUCUGGCCGACACUUUCCAAUUCCUAUUGAACGAGUCCUUGGACUGAAGGGGAGCUGCCGGGAGCUCCCGAGCGGCCACGGCCUCGUCCCACGUCCCCCAGGACAGCUCCUGCCACGCUUGGGAAAUCCACAAUCCACGCUCCACUGUGAAGCUGAGCAGGAAAACACCAAGGGAUGAGUUGGAUUUGGGUUUCCAUGCCUUGUUCAAGUGCUGGGCCGCUGGAAGGAACGUUUGGUGGUGUCCAGUUUUGGGAUACCGGUGUAGUGACUUCUGUAUUCUGUGUUUCAUUUAUCACAGGGAAACAAUAGGAUAGAUUUUAGUCUAUUGCAUGUUUUGGUGCCACUGGUUAUGUGGAGCUUGGACAUGCCUGUUUCUUGUGCAUUAUUAUUAUUAUAAUUAUAAUUAUUAUUAUUAUUCCGUCGCCUGCUGGUGCCACGGUGGUUAAGGGUCUGUCUCAACUUCCAUCACAUCCUCUGGUUUUGUUUGUUUGCUCCCCAUUCCUCCUCCUCAGGGCCAAAAGCCUUUGGCCAUCCAGCUUCAUGCUUUAUUUGUCAUGGAAAAAUCAGUUUACUCUGGAACACUGGUAGAUUUUGUGGAGUUCUAUGUAAGGCGUGUCUGUGCAAAUACAAACAAACAUGUUCCUGAGCUCUGGGAGCACAACAAAGAGCCCAGCUGUUGCUUAUGGACAAUCUUCACUGGUUCCCCCCUUUGCUCUCCCAUAUUUAAAAGCAGCUUUAUUGUUUCCAGUGGCAUUUUCAGCCCAUGGGCUCUGAUGUGGUGUUGGCUCUCGGGAGACUGAAUGUAAAAAAAAAAAAAAAAAAAAAUAUAUAUAAUUUUGAAAGCAAGCAUCCUCUGCUGGGAGCCCAUCCCCAGGACACACUCUGCUGGUUUGCCCGUUCUCAGGACAGAUCCUGACCCCAUCCCAGCGCCAAGCACUGUAAAAACUUCGCUCAGGAGUUCCCAGCUCCCUGCCUCAUCCCUGGCUGCUCUUAUAGAGCAGUGCAGGGGACGCUGCUGGGGACAGGGAUGUGACAGCACCGUGCAGGGCUGACCUGUGAAUGAAUCCUUUGGUAUUAUUUGUAUUUAUCCAUAGCCAGCAGCACCCACGGACUCUUUUGUACUCCCCUGGGAAUCCUCUGCAGUGCCCACGUUUAUUUAAUGUAAUAAUCUGUGCCACUUAGGAGUGGAGACUGGCUGACCCUGAGCUCGCCUCAUUCCUCAGCUUUUCGAGGAUUUCAAACAAGCUGCACGUCUUAGGCUUCCAUUAAAUAAUGAAUUCAGGACAGGAUAAGAAAAGUCAUUUUUCUCACCCAUUUAAGCCGAGUUUCCUUUCAGUGUGUGAGUUCCUGGUGACUGCAAAGUCAGUUUAAUUGGCACUUAAAAAAGAAGAAACGAAGAAGAGUUGCUGAAAUGUCCUUUUCUCGUGCAUUUAGGGUGAUACUUGGAAAAAUGGAACAGGGUCUUCCUGCACCCCUGUCCAUCCCCACACGCACAACCUCCUUUCUACAGAAGCAAUCAAUCCAUAAUUAAUGACUUCCCAAAAAGCCAGCUUCCUCUGGGCCCUGAACUGAGGACGUGCAGGAACUGGGAAGGUUUUGGUGAGAACAUUCCUCGUUUCCCUUUUCUCCUGAGCUUCCCUGGGGAAGCCCCACGGUACGAGCCUGACUGUCCCUGCCCCUCCAGGAGAUGCCACCGGUGCCACCAGCGACCUUCGCUCUCAGGUUCUGAUGGACUUCUACCACCAAGGAAUCACUUGUUCUUUUGGGGAAAAAGAAAAUAAAUAGAAUGGUUAAACUUGUAAUUCUUUUGCUCAGGCAGAACUUUCUGGCAUUUCCUUUUUAGUAAGAAUUUUUGGGUUUUUUUAUUUCUCUUCUGUUUUUUUUUUUUUUUUUGGUCAAGAAUGACCAAGUUAAUCUGUGUCAAGAGCAGGAUCUCUGUAAAUUGACUUUGCCUCAUUUUAAUGCCUUAUUUUCUUUUUCUAUUUUUAUGCCUAGCAUUCAGUAUUCCUAAGAAUAAGUGUUCAGCCACGCACAGCACAUUGGAGGAGCUGCUCUUUUCCAGCUUCAAGGUCUGAAGUGUGGAAUUAGAUGGAAAAUAAAAAACAAAAAAAUAAAUUUUAAAAAAGACUUCAGGUUACUGUAACAGCAACUGUCUGUAUCUGAAUUAUUACUGUGCUUCUCUGGCAUCCACAGCUCUGGGACAAUCCUGCUGCCAAGGGCAAGGUGCUUGGCAGGAUCACCUGGAUACGGAGCAUCUCAACUGGAAUUCUGGUGUGCACUGUGAUUGACACAAGCAAUAGGACAGGCUGAAGCUCGUCCUUCCUCUUCCUCGGGGGGGAUGAAACAAGAAAAUCACACACGAAAUCCUGGGGGAAAAAGGAGAUUUUCAGCUUGUCCUCCUCACUCUGUGAACACACGAGGCUGGGAGGGCGUUUGCCACGAGUGUUUUAGGAGCAGUCGCUGCCGGAAAGGUGGGAAGGAGGAACUGGAAAUGUUCCCUCCCCGUGGACAGGUCUGACACGGUGGUUUGCUUGGGGAGGUACCAAUGCCACUCCACACCUUCAUAUCCUGAAGAAAUUUUAGCUCUUCCAAGGAAAUCCUCUUCUCAUGACUUUUCCUGUAAGGUUUGUGUCGAAUAUAAAGACAAAAGAAGUGUUUGAUAACUGGAAUGACGUCUGUCUGUUCAGUAGUGCUUUGUAUGAACCUUGUUCAUCAGGUGUUGGAUUGAAAUAAUCCAAAGCAAAAAAAAAAAAAAAAAACAAAAAAAACAAACAAAAACAAACUUUAAAACAUGGUUUUAGGUGAUCAAUCUGAAUGGUUUCUGAAGCUUAGACCUUUUCUGGGUUAUUUCCCUAGUUGGGAAUGGAGCAGUGUGCUUAAACCAUUGCUUAAUUUCUGCCUCUCUGAGGUCGUCCAAAGUUUAUGGACUAUAAAUUUGUCCUUCAUGUCCAAGCAGUGGGACACGAUCAAACCCUCUCAUUUUAUCUGUACUGGGUAUUUUAUUGCAACAAAAAUGAGUAAAUAAUUAGAGUGCACUGUGACAGCAGAAGAAAAAAAAAAAAUGUUGUUGUAUAUGUCUGUAUUUUGAUACCUGUUCAAAAGGAGUCUUUGGGUUUCCUGUGCUGAAUACCUCAUGUGUUGGGUUUUGGGAGUAUUGUUGAUUUUUUUCUUUUUCUUUUUUUUUUUUUUCUUCUUCUUUUUUAAGGCAAGAUUGUUCUUGCACAAAAGUAGGUUAAGAUAACCAAGUUCUCAUAAAUUUAUUUACUGAAUCAAAACACUUCAGCUUGGCAAGAAAUCCCAUCUGUUGUAGCUCCCCACCUUGCACUUGGUACGGGGCCGGCCUGGCGCGCUUGGAAGAGCUCCAGCAAUACUGGGACAGGAGAAGUUCAUUGCAGGUGGAGCUUGCUGCCUUAUUUCUCUUCUUCUCUGUGUCAAAAACCUCAAAUUCAGUGGAGCAAGGCGUAGGUUUGUGGAUUUAUGGAGCUUUUGGGAGAUGUUCUUCUGCAAAAACCGACGUCUCUGGUUCUCGGCACUUCGGAUCCUUGCCGGGGUGUGGGAACGUUCCCUUGUGUGUGGAGGGGACACUUCCAGGAGGUGAUGCUCUCAGUGAGGAAUCAGGAACGAUGGAAAAACGCCCCAAAAAUCCCUGCUGAGACAGCUGGAUCGAUUCCAUGAGAGGCUGAGCACAGUAGGGAGGGGAAGGAGGUGCCCCUGUCCCCCCAGGUGUGGCACUGCUCUGGUGGCCAGGUGAGGGGCACCUGUGCUUGGCAGGACCAAGCCCUGGGUGCUGAGGGAUGUGCCCCAAAGUGCAAACACACUGAACUCCCCUGGGUGUGGAACUGCUUCAAAACCUGCUUCAAAACCAGGGGAGAACAGGAGCACUGGGGCAUUUCCAUCGCUUAUGGGCCUGUCCAGAGCAGGAAAUGGAGUUUAACAAGCUGGGGAUUUAUUUAUUUUGAUAUUCUUAGCUUUCACAUUAAAAAACCCAGCCCUUUUUUGGGCUUACCUGGCCUUGGCUAACGCCCCACAAAUGCAGCUGGGGACACAAAGGUGUUCCCUUAGUGGGCUGGUAGCACCAGAGGUGGAAAGGAGGGAACGUCCUUCCCCCAGGGACGCUCUGGGGAAACACCAAGCACUUCAUGGACUGAACUCUGGGGUUUGAGCUCCUUCCACAUCGGCUCUCUGCAUGUCUCUGUGUCUGUGUGACAACCUGGUACUUGAAAAUAAGAAAUAAAACCAGAAAUACUUGACCCUCUGCCUGGUGCCUGCGGGGCCGGGAUGGCCCCGGCUGUGUCGCGCACAAGCGGUUCCGCCGCCCGCCCACCAGAAGGCAGAUGAAUUCUUCUCCAGGCUGUUCUAGCAGCAAACCAUCUAUUUGGGUGGCUCUAGAGAUGCCAAAACAGCACUUCAAGGCCUGGAAAAUGCAAGGGUUUCGUUGAUUUGGGGUUGGUUUUUUUUUUUUUUUUUUGUUAAAUUUUGUGCUUCCUCUAAACGUAGUUUGGGAUGAAAGUGUUUUUUCAGCCAUGGGCCAAAAAGAGGGGAAGGUGGAGAGGGAAGGCAGCUUCCUGCCGUGCCAAUACUUGAUCUGCCAAGCUUCACUCGGGGUGAACAUCCAGCAGUUUGCAGUGGGAAUCGUAGGUGGGCCUGUCCUUUCUGAGGCACUGAGUAACCUUCUUCUGAAGUGGACUUCACCAGCCCUGAGGUGUGAGGAACAGCCCAAGCCCAGGGGUUGGACUGUGAGUGUGCCAAACUGCUGGAGCAAUACUUGUGAGCAGCAGCUUCUCUGAAAGCCCAGCUCGAUGUAGCUCGGAGAGGGCGACUGCUGAAAUCCAUCUCUGAUUCCUGCUGCAAGGCAGGAGAGCCGGGUUGCAAAGUGUAGGAAUUGUGUUUUUUCUCUCUGAACCUGGGGUCGUCAGCAGCAGUUGUUUCGUGGUGGGAUGGAAUGUUCUUGCUAAAACAAGUUUCCACUGUUUCAUGUCUUCUACACCAAUAUAUAUAUGGUGUAUAUAUUAAACUGUGUAAAAUUGUACUUUGUACAUAGAACUCUGUACAAUAUGGAGGUACAGCCUUUUUUUGUUUUGGUUUUUUUUUUUUUUCCUUCCCCCUCCCCUUUUUGGUACAGUCUUGUACAGUAUUAGGAGUCGAUGUGUUGGAAGUGUUAAAUCCAUACUGGGGCAACAAAAUGUAUCCAUUGUCAUUAGCAAUAGUUUUGGAGAAAUAAAUGUUUUGGGUAUGGUGGAAACACUGA